CUGAUACAAUCCUUUUCAGCAUAUAUCUACGCCCUCUAUCAUUCCGGUAACUACGACCGAUUAUUUGAAGUUAUUGGCCGCUCGCGAUUUGAUGAGCGAUACUACAAGGAGCUGCAAGAAAUCUGGUAUAAAGCCAGAUACAAAGAAAACGAAUCCAAACGAGGCAAGGAGCUCGGUGCUGUUGAAAAAUAUCGUCUUCGAAGGAAAUAUCCACCUCCGCGUAGUAUUUGGGAUGGUCAGGAGACAAUCUAUUCUUUCAAAGAAAAUAGCAGAAAGUAUUUGAAGCAAUUUUACAAGCAAAAUCAAUACCCAACAUUGGAUCAAAAGAAAGAAAUCUCUAGAGCGACUGAUCUCGAGAUUGUUCAGAUUUCCAACUGGUUCAAAAAUCGCCGUCAGAGGGACAAAACGCGACUGGAAUGUGCACAUUAUAGUCGCCCACAAAUGAUGCAGCUACAAACACUUGCCUAUUCGAACCUUCCAUUAAAUAUGAACAUUAAUAUGCCCUAUUCAUGCAAAACAGAAUAAUU